GGAGGAGGAGGAGGUGGAGGAGGAGAAGAGACGGUGGUGGUGGCGGUUGAGAAUAGUAGAACAACUAGGAGUGUUGUUAUAGUUGGAGUUGGAGAAUGAGGAAAGGAAAAGGAAGGAACAAUGGCUUGUUGCCAAAUUCGUUGAGGAUAAUAUCGUCUUGUCUAAAGACUGUUUCCACGAAUGCUAGUAACGUCGCUUCCACGGUUCGCUCCGCUGGUGCUUCCGUUGCUGCUUCCAUUUCCAAUUCUUCUGAAGAUCAUAAAGAUCAGGUAACAUGGGCUGGCUUUGACACGUUGGAACUUGGUCCAUCUCACUUGAAGCAUGUUCUCUUACUUGGUUACCAGAAUGGAUUCCAAGUCCUUGAUGUGGAGGAUGCCUCUAAUUAUAGUGAACUGGUCUCAAAGCGUGAUGGUCCAGUUUCAUUCUUACAGAUGCAGCCAUGCCCUCUGAGUUCAGAUGGUCAAGAAGGAUUCAGAGCGUCACAUCCUAUGCUUUUGGUUGUUGCUGGUGAUGACACCAAUAGUUCAAGCUUGGGUCGGAGUGCUGGCCAUUUGGCUGGUGUGGCUCAAGAUUGCCGCAUGGAGUCACAGUCGGGAAACUCCGUCAACUCACCUACAGCAGUUCGAUUUUACUCUCUACGGUCUCACUGUUAUGUACAUGUUCUGAGAUUUCGAUCAUCUGUGUGCAUGAUUAGAUGCAGUUCCCGGAUUGUAGCUGUAGGUCUUGCAACACAGAUAUAUUGCUUUGAUAGCCUCACUCUCGAGAAUAAGUUUAGUGUCCUCACCUAUCCUGUUCCCCAGUUGGCAGGACAAGUUGCUAUUGGGGUCAAUGUCGGCUAUGGUCCAAUGGCUGUGGGUCCAAGGUGGUUAGCUUAUGCUUCCAAUAAUCCACUGUUGUCUAAGACUGGCCGCCUAAGCCCACAAAACCUUACCCCUUCUCCAGGCAUCAGUCCAUCAACAUCACCAGGUGGCACUAGUUUGGUUGCUCGUUAUGCAAUGGAAUCUAGUAAGCAUUUGGCAACUGGGCUAAUCAACUUGGGGGAUAUGGGGUACAGGACUUUAUCCAAGUGCUGUCAAGAGCUACUUCCUGAUGGGUCUAAUUCUCCCGUCUCUCAAAAUUCAGUUUGGAAAGUUGGAAGGCUGGCAGGAACAGACAUGGACAAUGCAGGAAUGGUUGUUGUAAAGGAUUUUGUUUCUCGAGAUGUUAUAUCACAAUUUAAAGCCCAUACAAGCCCUAUAUCUGCACUAAGUUUUGACCCCAGUGGGACCCUUCUGGUUACUGCAUCAGUAUAUGGAAAUAACAUAAACGUCUUCAGGAUUAUGCCAUCAUGUGUGCGCUCUGGAUCAGGUGUUCAAAGUUACGAGUGGAGAUCUUCUCAUGUGCAUCUUUACAAGCUACAUCGUGGAAUAACAUCAGCUAUGAUUCAAGAUAUUUGCUUUAGUCACUAUAGUCAGUGGGUUGCGAUUGUUUCAUCCAAGGGGACUUGCCAUAUUUUUGUCUUAUCCCCUUUUGGAGGUGAUGCAGGAUUUCAAACACUUAGUUCUCAGGGUGAAGAGCCCUCCCUAUUUCCAGUUUUAUCCCUGCCAUGGUGGUCUAUGGCGUCUUGUGCCAUUAACCAGCAACCUUUCCCACCUCCGCUACCUGUUACCCUUUCUGUUGUCAGCAGGAUAAAAUACAGUAGUUUUGGAUGGCUUAAUACGGUAAACAAUGCUGCUGCUACUGCAACAGGGAAGGUUUUUGUGCCAUCUGGUGCUGUUGCUGCUGUUUUUCAUAAUUCUAUAUCACACAGUCCUCAGCACAUUAACCCAAGAACAAAUUGCUUGGAACAUCUUCUAGUUUAUACUCCAUCUGGUCAUGUAGUUCAACAUGAGCUUCUGCCAUCAAUUGGGGCAGAUUCAGGUGCUAAAAAUUCAAGAACUGAGACAGCUUCAUAUACACACAUACAAGAGGAUGACUUGAGGGUGAAGGUUGAACCCGUUCAGUGGUGGGAUGUAUGUAGGAGGUCAGAUUGGCCAGAAAGAGAGGAAUGUAUUUCUCAGACUACUCUUGAGAGACAAGAUGUUGCUGAAGUUAUUCAAAGUAAAUCAUGUUGUGAGGAAAACAGAAUUGAUUCUCUGGAAAUUAAUGAUAGUGUGAGUGGAGAAAAGACUUCAAAACCUUUUUCUAUGAAGCCACGUGAGAGCUUCCGCUGGUACCUCUCUAAUGCAGAGGUGCAAGUAAACUCCUGGAGGUUACCAAUAUGGCAAAAGUCUAAGAUUUCUUUCUACAUGAUGGAUUCUCCAAGAGCUGAUAUUUGUAAAGGUGGUGAGUUUGAAAUUGAAAAGGUCUCAGUUCAUGAAGUUGAAAUCAAACGCAAGGAAUUGUUACCUGUGUAUGACCAUUUCCAUAGUAUCAAAUCAGGGUGGAAUGACAGAUGUUUUGCCGUGGGCAAACAUCCUCAGUCCUUGUCUCCAGAUCCUUAUCAAGGUGAAUAUAAAGUCUCACAAGAGACUAUCAUUUGUCAUUCAAAGCCAGCAUCACUUAGCUCCACUGAAAGUUCUGAAGGAGGUUCAUCUAGGAGAAUGGAGAAUUUACUUGAUUUGGAUCAAAUUAACUGUGAGAAGUCUUACACAACCACGUACCAGGCUCUGAAUGAAAUUUGCCGAGGAAAAAGUGGGAAUGGCAUCAUUGAACCACUGCUGCCGAAUCAGGACUCUUUGACCAUCAUAUCUUCUCCAUUUCAGCAUUCAGAAAAUAUAUAUUCUGAUACUGGCAACUCCAUCACAAACAGUUUUUCCUCUUUGGAGAGUAAGUUGCCUCCAUUAAGAAGUUUGGCUGAAGGAAAACCAUCUUUCAAUGCUGGUGGGAUUGGUGAUGCCUCAAUGUUGCAUGUAGACCAUUAUGAUGCACCUACAAACAUUCUCAUGGAUGGAUCGUCAAUUUCUACAGAACAGAAUCUGGUUGAUUUUGGGCAUUUUCAGGAAGAGCAAUACGAAGUCUUACAGCGCAAUGAAUGCGGCGAGUUGACUAAAGAUGUAAAUAAUGAUGUUGACAGCGGCAGCAACAACUGUGAGAACGGAAAACUAGAAGAAGAUGGUGAAAAUGAUGAAAUGCUUGGUGGCAUAUUUGACUUCUCUGAAGAAGGUUGAGCCGGAUUUAUCACUCAUGGUAUUUGUUCCAACUGCUGUAGAAAGGUUGGUUCAAAGUCACGGAGAUGGUUUAGCAAUGUUAUGUUUUGAUCAUCAAAAUGCAUUGCACAUUGUAAAUAAGAGGGGGUGCUGGUGGUGUUGUAUGGUUGGAGAUUCAUGCUCAAGUGUUGCAAAGAGCAUGCAUCAUCUUUCCCCCCUCUCUUUUGUACAUUUUGUGGAUGGAAAUUCGUGAAAAGUCAUGGAGAGUAGUGGCUUUAGGACAAGGGUUAAACUCAAAUCAAAACUCUGUGCUACUGGAUUUGGGUUCAACUUCCUUUGUCUUGAUGAUAUGGAGGUUGUCUGUGUGUACAGAAAUUGUGUGAAAAAGGUCUAUCUCAAGCUGUAUAACAAUAUUGUUUUUCUGGUGAGGGGAACAAAAAAACACAAAUGAAAGGAGGAAAAGAUGAAAUUCACUUUGUUUUCAUAAACUCUUCACUUUUCCUUUGUACUCUGGGACUGGCUAUGCUGUUACAAAUAAACACGUGGGGUUGUACA